AUGUGCAAGUACACAAUCACAAUACUCGAAUGCGGCCACAAACAAAACGACCAUGUCGACACGUACAACUGCCCUUACUUCGAAAGAACUAGUGUCGCCUGUGACCGUGACAACCCUAAAACAAAAGACCGUUGCACGAUAAAAACAUGGGACGAGAACGGAAUCUGCAACAGAUGUCUCCGCGAAAACGAAGAAGCCGCCAUGCGCCGUGAUGAGGAAAGGGAGCGAGAAUUCAAGCGCAGGGAAGCUGCAGAAAAUGAAGAAGCACUACGCCGUGGAGAGAGGGAACUUAUUGAGAAGAACCGCAGGAUAGCAGAUGAAAAAUGGCGGGCCGAGAAAGAAGCCGAGGAACAGACCCGGGAGAGAAGCCGUAGAGAACACGAAAAGAAGAAGGCAGCAGAGGAAAGGCGACGGGCUGAGAAGGAAGCCGAGGAACGAGCCAGGGAGAGAAGCAGGAGAGAACAUGAGAAGAAGAUGGCAGCAGAAGAGGCACGCACGAGGGAAGUUGAAAGGCAGAGUAAAGCAGAAUACGAGAGACAACUGCAAGAACGACUGGAUCAGGAUAUGGAGAUCAUGAUACAAAAGUCCCUGGACGAAGCAGCACGGAAGAAGAAGGAGGAAGAGGAAGAAAUGCAGCGAGCUUUGAGGGAGUCCGCAAGAUUGGCGCAUAUGGAGCGGAGCUACCAAGAAGACCCAAUCCGAUCAGGACACAGAGACAUGGGAGACGGCGUUACAGAACACUGGACCGAACGCACAACAAGAACAACUACCAGAACAGUAAACGACAUCCCAACUAGAACCGCCGCGCCGCCCUCACCACCCGCCACUCCACCUAAAAUGAGCAUGCCACCACCUCCUCCUGCUCCGGCGCCUAAACCCACCGUCACAAAAUCUGCUCCCCGCCCCCCUCCAGCGCCCAAGCCCGCCCCGGCACCAAAAGAAGUAAACUAUUCUCUCCCCGCCGUCGGCGACCAAAAGAUUGGUCGUUUCCGACUAGGCGGCCGCAACGUGCCUAUCCACGAAUCCCAAGACAUUCCCGACACACCUACAACCUCAGGCAUACCCAUGUCACCCACAAGCCCAGCCCCAUUUGUGCGUCUGGGUGGUGCAAUUGCACCGUCAGACAUGCCCAUCGUGCGUGAACUCAAGGGUCAGGUCCCGCCUGUUGUACCUGCAGCUAUGGAUUCGAGGGCGGGGUUGAGGAGGACGAGUGGGCCAAGGAAGGUGCCUCCACCAGUGCCGCAGCGCAUGGGUGUAGAUCCGAAGCUGGAGGCGCUUUUGGCGAAGCAGAGGGCUUGGGAACCCGAGGAUGAAGGCGAGACGGGUACAAAGUCUGUCACGCCGCCUCAGUCUCCGUCCGGUGUUCAAGCACGUAGGUUGAGUCCAGUGGAAUUCGACACUAAACGUAAGUCGGGCUGGAAGAAGGAAGACGAGUAG